UCUUGGAGGAGAUUAGAUUGGUAGGUUAUCCACAUAGCAUAGUAGAAUGACGAAGGUGCCAAGCUCGUCGGCACCAUCAAUAUCAGCAUCUAUUGGUAGCGUGUGUGAUGAACCAGAGCACGUUAUGAACUGUAGAGGAGGGUCGGUCCUUGGGAAGAAGACCAUCCUCAAGAGCGAUCACUUCCCCGGCUGCCAGAACAAGCGCUUGACACCUCAGAUUGAGGGCGCUCCCAAUUACAGGCAGGCUGGUUUUUUGCGUGUUCAUGGUGUUGCAAUACCUACAAUUGACGGUAUUAGAAAUGUACUCAAUCACAUUGGUGCAAAAGGGAUGCACAAGCAACAAAGAGUGCUGUGGCACAAUCUUCGUGAAGAACCAGUGGUGUACAUCAAUGGCCGCCCCUUUGUUCUGCGAGAUGUGGAAAGACCCUUCUCCAAUCUUGAGUAUACAGGAAUUAAUAGGGCUAGAGUUGAACUGAUGGAAUCAAGACUGAAGGAUGAUAUCUUGAUGGAAGCUACACAAUAUGGAAAUAAGAUUCUUGUAACUGAUGAACUACCAGAUGGUCAGAUGGUGGAUCAGUGGGAACCUGUAAUGCGCGAUUCUGUUAAGACACCUCUUGAGGUAUAUGAAGAACUUCAGCUAGAAGGGUACCUUGUUGACUAUGAGCGUGUUCCCAUUACAGAUGAAAAGUCCCCCAAGGAACGCGAUUUUGACAAUCUGCUCUGUAGAAUCUCACAAGCUGAUAUAGAUACUGAAAUAGUUUUCAACUGCCAAAUGGGGAGGGGCCGCACUACAACUGGGAUGGUCAUAGCAACUUUGGUUUACCUCAAUCGAACUGGUGCUUCAGGUAUUCAUGACACAAAUUUUAUUGGAGAAGUAGAUUCUGUAGCUGAUGUGACUGAUAAUUCAACAAACUCUGAAGAGGCGAUUCGCAGAGGUGAAUAUGCAGUCAUAAGAAGCCUUAUCCGUGUUCUUGAGGGUGGUGCAGAGGGUAAAAGGCAAGUGGACAAAGUCAUUGACCAGUGUGAUUCUAUGCAAAACUUACGAGAAGCUAUUGGAGUUUAUCGCAAUAGCAUUCUACGUCAACCAGAUGAAAUGAAGAGGGAGGCAUCACUUUCCUUCUUUGUUGAGUACUUGGAACGAUAUUAUUUCCUUAUCUGCUUUGCUGUGUAUAUGCACACAGAGAGGAUGCUUGUUCAUGGCAUUUCAGCAGAGCAAAGAAGUUUUUCUGAUUGGAUGAGGGCAAGACCUGAACUAUAUAGCAUACUUCGCAGGUUGUUAAGGAGGGACCCAAUGGGUGCUCUCGGAUAUUCAAGCCAGAAACCACACUUAAUGCAUAUAACUGAAUCUGCUGAUGGUCGUCCUCAUGAGAUGGGUGUGGUUGCUGCAAUGAGGGAUGGAGAAGUUCUUGGAAGUCAGACAGUUUUAAAAAGUGACCACUGCCCUGGCUGCCAAAAUCUGACAUUGCCAGAAAGGGUUGAUGGUGCGCCUAAUUUUCGGGAAGUUCCUGGUUUUCCUGUUUAUGGUGUUGCAAAUCCAACUGUGGAUGGGAUCCGAGCUGUUAUUAAGUGGAUAAGUUGUACUAAAGGCAGGCGCCCAGUGUUAUGGCACAAUAUGCGAGAAGAGCCAGUUAUAUAUAUAAAUGGGAAACCCUUUGUAUUGCGUGAAGUGGAGAGGCCAUAUAAGAACAUGCUUGAGUAUACGGGAAUUGAUCGAGACAGAGUGGAGAGAAUGGAAGCCCGCCUGAAAGAGGACAUUCUACGAGAGGCAGAUCGCUAUGAAGGUGCAAUUAUGGUAAUUCAUGAAACAGAUGAUGGUCACAUUUUUGACGCAUGGGAGCAUGUAAAUGCUGAAUCUAUUCAGACUCCGCUAGAGGUCUAUGAAUGUCUAGAGGCUGAAGGUCUGCCCAUCAAAUAUGCUCGUGUGCCAAUUACUGAUGGCAAAGCACCUAAAAGUUCAGAUUUUGACACAAUUGCCUUGAAUAUUUCUUCUGCUUCCAAGGACACUGCUUUUGUGUUCAAUUGCCAGAUGGGCAGGGGUAGAACAACUACAGGAACUGUAAUUGCUUGCCUUCUGAAACUUCGAAUUGAUAAUGGAAGACCUAUCAGAAUCCAGCCCGAAGAUGGUUAUCAUGAGGAGAAAUUGGAUGCUGGCUCCUCCAGUGGUGAAGAAACAGCUGGUGAUAAUGCUCAGUCAGUGUCAUAUGAAGUAAAAGCUGGAGUUACAAUGGAGCCACAUCGUACUUUUGGAAUUAAUGAUAUCCUACUAUUACGAAAAAUAACAAGACUCUUUGACAAUGGAAUUGAAUGCCGAGAAGUUUUAGAUUCUAUAAUUGAUAGAUGUUCAGCCUUGCAAAAUAUACGGCAAGCAGUUCUGCAGUAUAGGAAGGUGUUUAACCAACAAAAUGUGGAGCCAAGGGUGAGGAGGGUUGCUUUAAAUCGUGGUGCUGAGUACCUGGAACGCUACUUUAGGUUGAUUGCUUUCGCUGCAUACCUUGGAAGUGAAGCAUUUGAUGGUUUUUGUGGGCAAGGUGAAACGAAGAUCACAUUCAAAACUUGGUUGCAUCGGAGGCCAGAGAUCCAGGCAAUGAAAUGGAGCAUAAGAUUACGCCCUGGGCGAUUUUUCUAUCUGCCUGAGGAAUCAAAAGUACCAUAUGAACCACAGCAAGGGGAUGGCGUAAUGGAAGCUAUAAUUAAAGCUCGCAAUGGAUCUGUUUUGGGAAAAGGAUCCAUACUUAAGAUGUACUUCUUUCCUGGACAGAAAACUUCAAGCUGCAUAAAGUUUUCUGGUGCCCCUCAUUUUCACAAGAUUCCUGGUGUUUAUCUGAGGCUUGUCUUCCAGGUGGAUGGGUAUCCUGUUUAUAGCAUGGCAACAGCAACAGUUGAUGGUGCUAGAGAAAUACUAGCCUAUUUAGGUGCCAAAAGGACGACAUCUGAGGAAGUUACUCAAAAAGUUAUAAUAACAGAUUUGAGAGAGGAAGCAGUUGUCUACAUCAGUGGUACACCAUAUGUACUUAGGGAACUAGAUCAGCCGGUCGAUGCUCUUAAACAUGUGGGGAUUACAGGUCCAAUGGUGGAACAUAUGGAGUUACGGAUGAAGGAAGAUAUAUUUGUUGAAGUCACACAGUCUGGUGGACAACUGCUUUUGCAUCGAGAAGAAUUCAAUCCAGUUUUAAACCAUUCCACUGUGAUUGGCUACUGGGAGAACAUUUCAUUAGAUGAUGUCAAGACCCCUGCUGAAGUGUAUGCAGCCUUGAACAGUGAAGGCUUCAAUAUUGUGUACAGAAGGAUACCAUUAACAAGGGAAAGAGAAGCCUUAGCUACAGAUGUUGAUGCUAUUCAGCAUUGCAAAGAUGACUCUGCUGGAUGUUAUCUUUUCAUUUCGCACACUGGAUAUGGUGGAGUUGCUUAUGCAGUGGCUAUUACUUGUCUUAGACUCAAUGCUGAUGUUAACUUUGACUCGGAGAGAACUUUGGGAAAUCAUACCCUAGUAAGAUCACCUAAUGAAAGCUUAGCUUUUCGGCAUUCUGGUGAAGAUGAACUUAACCAGGGCAACUACCGUGACAUACUCAACCUUACCAGAUUGCUGAUCUAUGGCCCUGAGAGCAAACUUGAAGUUGACAUUGUCAUAGAAAGGUGUGCAGGUGCUGGCCAUUUAAGAGAUGAAAUUGUGCACUACCGGAAGGAGCUUGAAAAGUGUCCUAGUGAUGAUGAAGAGACCCGUUCCUACCUUAUGGAUAUGGGCAUCAAAGCUCUGAGGCGAUAUUUUUAUCUGAUCACCUUCAGGUCUUACCUCUACUGUACUUCUCCAAGUGAUAUAGGGUUUGCAUCUUGGAUGGAUUCUCAACCUGAGCUUGGCCACCUUUGUGGUAGUCUGAGAUUUGACAAAUGAUUGAAAUGGCCAAUCUGUCCUGUUUACAACCAUGAUGGGGUUUUGGUGGCGGUGAAGUACAAAGAUGUCGCUUGUGAAUGAACAGAGAAAUGUAUUCCUUACUAGUCAUGGGCAUUGGCACAAGUCCAUUGACGAGUCUGCAGCUGUCCCCAAUUUAACAUGCAUGCAGAGUGUUUAUAUCCCAACGAUGAGAAUGUAAAUUUGUAGCAUCUUUUUGUUUUUAAAUGGUUCAUAAGUUAUUGAAUAAAGUAUCUAGUGUUUUGUCAUCUGUAUUUAACAGAUCCAAUGAUCAUGAUGGGUGACUUCUUGAGAAGUAAAGAACAAUGUACAGGAAUUUGGUGUUCCUCGAUAAAGAUUGAAAUUAUCAAGGGGUGUUUAUUUUU